AUGUUAUCUUCUCCCACACCUGGUACAUCUCCCGUGCCUGCUGCCUCACCCGCGCCUGCCGCGGCGUCCGCGCCUGACGCUUCAUCCGCGCCUGCCGCGUCGUCCACGCCUGCCACGUCGUCCACGCCAGCCGCGUCGUCCACACCUCCCUCGUCAUCCACGCUUCUCGCGUCAUCAGCGGGGCAUGUUGGGUCACAUGCACCGGGUGGCUCUACGUGGACUAGAGGACGAAAACAUGAGAUUGAGGUUGCAGAUUGCGGAUCUUCAAAGAAAAUACCAAGAUGUCCUAGACCACUCGGUAGAAUCAGAUACUCGCCUCCUGCAAUUCACCAAUCAGAUUUUCGUGGCAGAUACUUCACGGAUCGAACCUUCAUCAUGAGUAUCCAAGAUCGACCGCGCUGUGCAGUGUGA